CUGCCGCCGGACUUGACUGGGCUUUUUUCCUCUUGAGACCUCAUCCAGGCCAGAAACUGUCGCCUUCAAGAUUAUAAAACACUAAUUCUGGAGAGUACAAAUAGCUGAGGACAUGGCUUUGUGUCUGGGUCAAGUGUUUAGCAAAGACAAAACGUUCCGACCUAGGAAACGCUUUGAACCCGGCACCCAGCGUUUCGAACUGUACAAGAAGGCCCAAGCCUCGCUCAAGUCCGGCCUUGACCUGAGGAAGGUGGUGCAGCUGCCCGAGGGCGAGAGCCUCAACGACUGGGUCGCUAUGCACGUGGUGGAUUUCUUCAACAGAAUCAACCUGAUCUACGGCACGGUCAGCGAGUACUGCACCGAACGCACCUGUCCCAUUAUGUCCGGGGGGCUCCGGUACGAGUACAGGUGGCAGGACGGCGACGACUACAGGAAACCCACCAAGCUGCCAGCUCUCAAGUACAUGAACCUGAUGAUGGACUGGAUAGAGUCGCUCAUCAACGAUGAGGAAAUCUUCCCCACCAGAAUAGGUGUUCCUUUUCCGAAGAAUUUCCAGCAGGUGUGCAAAAAGAUCUUGAGCCGGCUUUUCAGGGUGUUUGUGCACGUUUACAUCCAUCACUUUGACAGCAUCUGCAGCAUGGGCGCCGAGGCCCACAUCAAUACCUGCUACAAGCACUACUACUUCUUCAUUUCGGAGUUCAACCUCAUCGACCACUCUGAACUUGAGCCCCUGAAAGAGAUGACAGAGAAGAUUUGCAAUUAAACUAGAGAUGAAGAAGACAAAAUGCUCACCUUCAAUGGACUCUCAACUAAGAACUUUUCACAUUAAUGUGUAACAUGUUACAUACAAUGUGAGCGGUGUGAGUGAAUGUCAAUGUGAAUUUUAAUUUUUUUUUUUACGAUUCAACCCCACUUUUUCCGGUGGUGUCAAGAUGUGUGUUACUCAAGGUAACAAUGGUGCUGUUUUUAUUUGAAUCUGAGGUGGUUAAUGAUUUCCUCCAGUCUUUCAUCCUGUGCAUGUAUUUAUGGUUGGCCUUUUAUAGGCUAUUUUUAGCUUUUUGGACUUUUAUUGAGUAUAAUAUUGUAUUUUAAAAGUUUUUUGAAACUCUGAGUUAUGGUCCAACUGAAAGGGAAAGAAUAAAUAUGAAUAAAGGGAAGUUUGGUUC